CCCAGAUUGCCUCAAGUCUGUGGAGGAUUCCCUGGCUGAAUACCACAUCAAAGGGAUCUUCUGCAUUUAAAACAAACAAAGCAUCAUGCUGAAGAGGGAGCAGAAGGUCCGACCCUACACAAAAACCCUGGAUGGAGGUUGGGGAUGGAUGGUUGUGUUUCAUUUCUUUCUGGUAAAUGUAUUUGUGAUGGGGAUGACCAAGACUUUUGCAAUUUUCUUUGUGGUUUUUCAAGAAGAGUUUGAAGGCACUGCAGAGCAAACUGGUUGGAUUGGAUCCAUCAUGUCGUCACUUCGUUUUUCUGCAGGUCCCCUAGUUGCCGUUUUUUAUGACAUAACUGGAGAGAAAACUGCCUCCAUUCUUGGGGCUUUCCUUGUUACUGGUGGAUAUCUGAUCAGCAGCUGGGCUACAAGCAUUCCCUUUCUUUGUGUGACUAUGGGAGUUUUACCCGGUUUGGGUUCUGCUUUCUUGUACCAAGUCGCUGCUGCGGCCAUUGCCAAAUACUUCAAAAAACGACUAGCUCUUUCUACAGCUAUUGCCCGUUCAGGGAUGGGACUGACAUUUCUGUUAGCACCCUUUUCAAAAGUCCUGAUAGAUCUAUAUGACUGGACAGGUGCCCUUAUAUUAUUUGGAGCUAUCACGUUGCAUUUGGUGCCUUCUAGUAUGCUGUUGAGACCCAUCCAUAUCAAAAAUGAGAGCAAUUCUGAUAUUAAAGAUAAAAGUAGCAGUUUGUCUGCAAGUGGUCCAGAGGCAGCAUGUGGGACAGAAACAUCAUGCUGCAAUGAGAUACAAGAGUCUGCCAUCAGGGACAGUACUAUGCAGGAUGGACAACCUGGUAUAAGUUUAACAGUCUCACAAAAUCAAAAUGAAGAGUUCAACAAUGCACCUAACCAGAAUAGACUCUUCCGAAAAACUAAUGAAAGUUAUACGGAAAAGGCUAUUUCGUGGAGCUGCAAACAAAAACUCUUUGAUUUUUCUCUUUUUAAGAAUCCCUUUUUCUACAUAUUUACAUGGUCUUUUCUCCUCAGUCAGUUGGCAUAUUUCAUUCCUACCUUCCACCUGGUAGCCAGAGCCAAAACACUGGGGAUUAGUAUAAUGGAUGCCUCCUACCUCGUUUCUGCAGCUGGUAUCACUGAGACAAUCAGUCAGAUUAUCUCUGGAUGGGUGGCUGAUCAAAACUGGGUCAAGAAGUAUCAUUACUACAAGUCUUACCUCAUCCUCUGCGGCAUCACUAACCUGCUUGCUCCUUUAGCCACCACAUUUCCUCUACUUAUGGCCUACACCAUCUUCUUUGCCAUUUUCUCUGGUGGUUACCUGGCACUGAUACUUCCUAUACUGGUUGACCUGUCUGGAAAUUCUACAGUACACAGGUUCUUGGGGCUUGCCAGUUUCUUUGCUGGGAUGGCUGUCCUUUCUGGACCACCUUUAGCAGGCUGGUUAUAUGAUUAUACCCAGACAUACACCGGCUCCUUCUACUUCUCGGGCACAUGCUAUCUUCUCUCUUCAGCUUCCUUUUUCUUUGUACCAUUGGCUGAGAGAUGGAAAAACAGUCUGACCAGAAAAAGAGAGGACUGCAAUCAAGUGAGAGCUUAA